GGAGGAGGAUGGAGUUAGCAGUUUAAUGUGUGUAUGUGAGAGAGAGAGAGAGAGAGAGAGAGUGAGUGAGUAAUGUGCAGGCAUUAUAGUGUUGCAUGUCUGGGUUCAGGCCCUAAUGCUCUAUGUUAGUGAUAGUAAGAGGAACAUUUAGAGACAACCGAGAACAUGGAGACCACCUUGGCCCUCGUGAUUUUGUCCGUGGUCCUCUGGCAUCUGCACAUCUCUGCUGCACUGCACUGGAGGAGAGUACUGUACCCGUCUGCCUUUAGAACGAAGCGAGGAACUCCAGCUCUGCUUAACCCCUCAAUUCAGAGAUCAGUGGAGGACGCCAACCUGCUCUAUGAGGUGGUGUGGUCUGGGCUGUAUGUGGAAGCGGAGAAAAACGUGCUCCGCGUGGCCGACGAGGAACUCGCUUCUCUCCGGAGGCUGCAGCCUCUGGAGGUAGUGUGUGAGGACGUCCUGCCGAGGACGCUGUCAGAUAUCCGCCGCCUCUGCCAUAAUCUGGAACAGCGCCGGGCUCGCAUGAGCAAGGAGGACUUUGAGCGGACCGUGCUUACUAUGGUGUACACGGCUGAGCGACUUGCACAGAGCAGCACGGGCCAUCAGAGGGAGCUGUGGGCUGAUGCGCUGCUUCAGCUGUAUAAACGUAUUAAAAAAGAUCUGGGAACCGAGUGACGCAGCACAGCAGUGUACCAUAAUACUAACGUACAAAAUUAUCAAAACUAACCUCUGCCUAACUGUGCAUCACCAAACAUCUGGAUGUCCAGAUGUUUUGAUUAGAUGCUUGAUCUACACUCUCCGGCCACAUUAAUAGGAACACAUAUAAUUAUAUAUAUAAAAUAUAAAUAUG